AUGUAUAAAUACUUUUUCACGAUCGCCAUAAAAUUGUUAUUAUGGCAUACAUGUUUAUCUUUGCAUGAAUGUAACAGAACAAUUAAUGGAACUGAGAUGACUUUUACUUGUCCAUCAACAGUCGGUAGUCAAGAACUUAGAUUAUAUGAUUUAACUACGGCUCAAUUGGAUAAUAUUAUGUCAUUGAUAGUAAGCGGUAGUGGAGAUAAUUGGGGUCCUUUUACACGUAUUCCUGCUAAUAUAUGUUUAUUAAGAAAUUUACAAAAAAUUGAUUUUUCAAAUAAUCAGAUUGUAGAAGCAGAUCCAACAGGAUCAUUAACUGAAUGUUUAUCAAAUGUGAUUACACUUGAUCUUACCUCUAAUAAUAUUUCUAUAUUUCCAUCGUUUAUGAUAUAUAAUAUGCCAAAUUUAAAAAAUCUUUUUUUUCAAGCUAAUCUAUUGACUGAAAUACCUAUGAACGCUUUUAUGGAUAUAUCAUCAUUAGAAGUAAUCGAUUUUUCUUAUAAUAAAUUAACAACAUUUGAGCUGUGGGCUUUGGAUGUCAAAACAAAAGCAGAUUUUAGUAAUAAUCGAAUUUCUACUAUAACGAACAAAUAUUUCUAUAGUAAAAUGCUAAAUAGAACUAUAGAACAAGCUGUUUAUCUAAGUAACAAUAGUGCAACAAUAAAUUUUACUGAUGCAGUUUAUGAAAUGUAUAAUCAAUGUGAAGAAAUUUUUCAAUGGUAUUUUAGUAGUAGCCCAAAUUUCAUGCUGCCGUGGUUUACAUGGAAAUUGGCUUAUAUUGACUUUGGCACGACACAAAUUAACUGCAGUUGUGAUCAAGUCUACGUGAUACGUUUACUUAAAGAUACUCUCCCUGCUAGAGAACCAAGUUAUCCGAUACAAAAUGCAAUGUGUUCGAACUAUUCACUGGGCGUCGUUAAUGACACAACUCUCUGGAAUUCUGCCUGUGCCUCAAGUCUCUUUGAAGUUAAUUCAACUGUCGAUUUUUCACAAGUUUAUCCUAAAUUAUGUAAAAUUAUUGCAGAUGAAGGUGGUGAACUAACAAACGUAACAGACAUCGGUUCACCGACAUUAAAUGUGUCGCUUUAUCCAUAUUAUACAACAGCAUUAAUGAAUCCAGGAGCAUGUUACUUCUCCUUUUCAAACAACACUUCAAUGAUGAUUAGAUGUACAAAUGACACAUCAAAUUCAUUAUCAAGAAUUCCUACCGAUUUAUUUUCAAGUUCUUACAUGUCUAGUAUAACCCGUAUUACAUUUCCUUCACCUAUUUCAUCGCUUCCUUCAUAUAUUUGUUCAUUACCAUCUCGUGAAAUUGAUUUGAGUUUUCAAGUAUUUACAACACUUAAUGAUGCAACAUUUCCAUGUCUUGAUUCAUUUCGUAUAAUAAAUUUAUCGUUUAAUCAAUUAACCUCCGUAACUAUGACAAAUGGUAAUUUGAAAAAUUUAACUUCACUUGAUCUUUCAUCAAAUAAGCUUACAUCAUUACCGUAUUCUAUUCUUAAUCCGACACCAACAUCAUUACGUUAUCUAGAUUUACGAAAUAAUUCUAUAAAUUAUAUUGAUCUUUUUAUUUUUACAUUAAAAAAUAUUACAAUUAAUCUUAGCAAUAAUCCUAUUAAUAGUUCAAAUAUUAUCAAUCCUCAAAAUAUAACAUUAACAAAUAAUGAUACUUCAACAGUGAAUAUCACUCUUCCUGUAACUGUAACAAAUAGUACAAUUACUAUUACAGACUUCAUAGCAUUAAAAUAUGGCUUAUGUAAUAGCUUUCAAUCAUUACGAAACUAUCUUCUUACUCUCCAAUCACAAGUUAGCCGUCUUUUACUGGAAUGCACGUGUUCAUCAAUAAAUUUAAAACAAAUAUAUCAACAAAAUGGAUAUCGUGUUACAAAUGAUUUUCCAUGUUCAAAUACAAGUGCAGUAGCAAGUUUUGAUGCAUUAAAUAUGACUUAUUGUCCAAAUGCUACCAAUUUUCAAUCAGGAUUGUGCGCCAAUAACAGUUCUGAGCCACUUUCAACUACAAUUGCUCCAUCUCUUCAAUCAAAUAAUGGUGAUUCUAAUUCGAGUAGUACCGCAUUAAUUGUUGGUCUUUGUGUUGGAUUAGGCGGUUUUCUUUUAGUAGUUAUUGGUAUUCUAGCUGUAAUUUACAUUGUAAAAGCUAAAGGUGCAGCAUUAAACGUGAAGCAACCUAUUAGUCGAGCUACUGUAGUUGGUCCAGCACCUGGAGAUUCUCUCGUAUCUCAUGUACAACCAAGAAACUUACGAUCAGUAAAAUUAACACCAAUCACUAAAAAAUCAGCUCCUUUACCCGCAACACCUGUUGCAUCUGUUAUACCUACCGCAAAUUCUAAAACAGUAUCUCACACAAAUACUAAUUUACGCUCACCAUCAAAAGGAAUUUCACUUCGACUUGAUUCGAUCAGGUCACCAAGUAAUGUCGAUCUACAAUAUCCACCGAAUUCGAAUGCUUUAAAUAAUACUUCAAGUUUUCGCCCUAUAGAUAAAUUAUCGUCAAAUGAACUUCCAAUUCCUGAACAAGAUUAUCAAGCACCUAAACUACAAAAACCACGAACAAAUCAAAUACUUAAUACUGGAGGUGAUACACGUUAUUAA